ACUGUCCCAUUGUCCCCUCCGCAGGCCUGGCAGUGCCAACUCUCUGCAGGGGCUCCCGGUGCCUGAUGCCGCCUAGCUCCGCAAGGCCCUUCCCCAGCGUGGCAGCCAGCCUCGGCCCGCCCCAGGGGAUUCAGGUCCAGAGAUCCCCACCCUAGGGAACCAGCACCCCGGGCCAGCCCACACCAGCUGGCUUCAUGAUUCUCUCUGUGCCCGCCUGGGAAGGCCCUGGAUGGUUCUUUAGCAAAGCAGCCUGCUCCUUGAUAUCCACGUGUGCGGGGCUGCAGCGCUGCCCGCCCCCGCCAGGUGCCGCCCGGUUCGGUUCGGUUCGGGGCUGCAGCGCUGCCCGCCCCCGCCAGGUGCCGCCCGGGGGCGGAGGGGAGGAGUUUGACUCGAAGUUUUGAGCCGAGAGUGAACUUUCCCUUGGGAAUCGGGAGUGGACCUGGGACUGAGCGCGCAGGUCCGGGCCGGGGCAGUGAGCUCGGAACCGAACCAGUGGGGACCGGGCCGGGGUAGCACGAUCGGAACCGGGACCGCAGGCUCCCCGUCCGCCCACCCGCUCUGGGUUGCAACCCAGACCGCGGCGGCUCCGAUCCCCCAGAGAUUUGGACCGGGCCGGUCCCGGCUGCGCCAGGAUGUUCUGCCGGAACCACCGGAGCCGAGUGACCGUGGCGCGGGGCUCAGCCCUGGAGAUGGAGAUCCGGAGGGGCCGCUUCAGGCUCAGCCUCCUCGGGGACACCCCCCAGGACACUGACAUCCAGAAGAAGAUUGACCAUGAGCUCCGGAUGCGCGAAGGCACCUGCAAGCUGCUGGCAGCCUGCACGCAGCGGGAGCAGGCCCUGGAGGCAACCAAGAGCCUCCUGGUCUGCAACAGCCGCAUCAUGGCCUACAUGUCCGAGCUGCAGCGCAUGAAAGAGGCGCAGGUCGCGCAGCGGACGGCCCGGCGCCCCUCGGACGCUGGCCCCAUGGACGAUCGCUUACCCUGCAGGGGAAAGGUCUGCGUGUCAGAUCUCCGGAUCCCCUUGAUGUGGAAGGACACGGAGUAUUUCAAAAACAAGGGAGACCUGCACCGCUGUGCCGUGUUCUGCCUGCUGCAGCUCGGCGUGGAGAUCUAUGACACCGAGAUGGUGCUGGUGGACCGGACGCUCACCGACAUCUGCUUCGAAAACGGGGUCCUCUUCACGGAGGCAGGCCCGGACUUCGAGCUGAAGGUGGAGCUGUACAGCGUGGGGCUGGAGGAGGACUCUGCGCUCGGUAGCACCCCGAAGAAGCUGGCCAGCAAACUGAGCAGCUCGCUGGGACGCUCCUCCGGGAAGCGGCUGCGUGCGGCGUUGGACGGGGCCCCGGGGAGCCCCGUGAGUAAUGGGGGGAGCAGCCCCCUCCUGCUGCCGGCCCCCAGCGUGGUGGGCCCCAAGUACCACCUGCUGGCCCACACCGCGCUCUCCCUGGCUGAGGUUCAGGACAGCUUCCGCACCCAUGACUUGGCCAUCACCAGCAAUGAGGAGAGCUCCUUCUGGCUGCCCCUCUAUGGCAGCAUGUGCUGCCGUCUGGCUGCCCAGCCCAACUGCAUGGCCCAGCAGAUGAUGUGCGGCUUCUUGAAAUUGCAACAGCAGGUGGGCGAGCAGCAGAGCUGGGCGCGGCUGUACUGCGUGCUGCGGGGCUCCAACCUCCUCUGCUACCGCCGGCCCCAGGACGCCGAGGCCCCGGUGGAGCCGGCGCUUACCAUCGCCAUCAACAAGGAGACGCGGAUCCGGGCCGCGGAGAAGGACCCCAGGAACAAGCUGCAGAGCAUGUCGGUGACCAACCGCUAUGGGGGGGAGGAGGUGACGCACACGCUGCUGGCCGAGAGCCGGGCCGACACGCAGCGCUGGAUGGAGGCCUUCUGGCAGCACUUCUACGACCUGACCCAGUGGAAGCACUGCUGCGAUGAGCUCAUGAAGAUCGAGGUGCCGUCGCCACGCAAGCCCCCGGCCCUGCUGGCCAAGCAGGGCUCCCUGUACCACGAGAUGGCUCUCCCUGGCCCUGCGGUGCCGCCCUCGGCCUGCGAGGGGCUCCUGCUCCAGGAUAACGCCGUCUCCGCUGAGAUUCGGGCGCUUCUCUCCUCCUAUUACAGCGACAGCUAUUGAGCCUGUGGAUGACAUUGAGGCCGUGACGGACAUCCUGGCACGACGGGUGACGGCCCUCGAGCUGCGGUCGGACCUGGGCUGCCCCCCAUGGCUGUCUCUCUUCGAGGGGCCCCUGCUCAGCGCGUCCCACGCCAGCAUCACUUCCGACAGCGCCAGCCCCAGCCCUGGCCCCGCUCGCUCACGCCCGGCCUGGGGCCGGCCCCGCACGCUCUCCCUGGACGCCAGGCUCAGCACGCUGAAGGGGCGUGCUGGGAAGGGCCAGGCCCCUGCCCUGCGCCCGCUGGCCGGCCCCCCCCACUCCAGCUCCUCCAGCAGCGGUGGCAACACCCCCGAGUCGGAGCGCCAGGGCCGCUGCCCCACCCGCCCCAACCUGGAGCCCCGCAGCUGUCUGCAGUCCCAGGUCUGAGCAGCAGGGGGCGCCCGGAGCUGGCACUUGCACCCUGACCAGGACUGGAGGUGAUGGGGAGGGGGCCCCCUCAUGGCCCAGCCAGCCCUGCGGCCUCCCUGCUCCAGCCAGGAGUGCUGGGUCGCAGUGUCUGUUCUCCGUCCUGCACAGCGGCACCUCUCCACCCCGUCCUCCCCCUGAGCCCGUGCCCCAGGGGCCAUCGCUCACGCAGGGCCAAGGGGCCCCCCCGGGGACUAGCUUGGAGGGAUACCACAGCAGGGCCCCCUCGUACCCACCCGGGGCAUCCCUUGCGAGCUCCCUGGCAUCUGCUGGGGAGGGCUGUUAGGAACAGCCGGCCGAGCCCCCAGCCUGGGGCCCGGGGCCCACUCGCUCCCCUGGCUGAGCUGAGCCCUGAGCCACGGGCCUGCCCCAGUGGUGCUGAGCUCACCCCCCAGUCCCCGCGGCCCAGACAGGCACCGAGGAAGCGGGGCAGCCUGUGGGCUGGUGCCCGCGUUGUGGGGGGGGCUGAGCUGUUCUCAGUCUGGCGCCAGAGCAAAGGCUGAACGCGGGGGGGGGCUUGGGACAAAAACUGGAAAUUCUUUGCUACAGGUGACACUAAAGGGGAGGGCAGGGGCAGAGGGGGAGGGGCCUGAGGAUCCCCCAUUCCUGCUCUAAGGGCUUUUCCCCACUUACUCUAACCAGCCCCUUGGAGCUGCAGCCCCCCAAAAACAGACCAGCUCCCCUGCAGGGGCAUGCAUAGCCCCUCCCCCCACAACCCUGUCUCCCCCCAUGGGGCUGUCUGUCUGGGGGAGGGAACCGAGGCUACGGCCACCUCAUUAAUAUGCAUUAAAAUAUAUUUAAUGUU